UAAAUGGAGGUGGUGGUAAUUCAGACUGACAGCUGCUUCAGUGUGUCACACACACAGGCACUGAGAUUGCACACAGUCCAUUAAGAUGGCAGGCUUAAGAAUUGCUUAUUUCUAAACGUCUCUGGAUACCUCACGUUUCCUGCAAAGACAGACAAGGAACAAUGUCGGGACCAAGACCCGUGGUGUUGAGCGGCCCCUCCGGAGCAGGGAAGAGCACUCUGCUGAAGAAGCUGAUGAAGGAUCAUGAGGGGGUGUUUGGAUUCAGCGUGUCACACACGACAAGAAACCCUCGACCAGGGGAGGAAGAUGGCAAAGGGCUGAACAAACUCCCUAUGCUUCUGGGGGCUACAUUACUUCCUGUAGCAGCCAUCUUUUCCUCUGAAACCUCAUUUUCGUGUCCAAAUGAAUCAGAACCACCAGAUAAAGACUAUCACUUCACGACAAGAGAGGCCAUGCAGGAGGGUAUCGACAAUGGAGAGUUCAUUGAGAAUGCAGAGUUUUCUGGCAACAUGUAUGGGACAAGUAAGGCUGCUGUGGAAGAUGUACGAGCUAAGAACCUGAUCUGCAUCCUUGAUGUGGAUAUCCAGGGCGUGAAGCGGAUCAAAGAAACUGACCUGAACCCCAUCUACAUCUCCAUCCAGCCUCCAUCCAUGGAAAUCCUGGAAAAACGUCUGAGAGAUAGGCAUACGGAGACAGAGGAGAGUUUACAGAAACGUCUUGAGGCUGCACGAAUUGAUAUGGAGCUUAGUAAGGAGGCUGGAGUGUUUGACAUUGUUAUCAUCAAUGAUGACCUAGAGAAGGCCUACGAGGAGCUGAAAGAAAUCCUUAAAGAGGAAAUCAACAAGGUUCAGGAGACCAAAUGAACCAAAACCAAUCACCCAGUUGUUUUGCUACUUGUGACUCUGAUCAGAGUAACUCAACCAGAGAUUGAACACAGUUCAAGAGAUCAGAGAAAAAAAAAAGCUUCUUCUUUCUAUUUAUGUCUCUUGCACCUUUGCAUUUUCCAUACAGGCCAUGAAAUGCUGGUGUCUUGAGUGAAAAGUUUUUAUUUCUAAAUGAGACUUUGUGUUCUAGUUAGAGAAAACAAAUAUGUGAUCUAUAUGUUUUAAUAUUUGAAAUCUAUUAAAUGUGACACUUUUCUUCUGGCCUCUAUUAAACACCUUUGGCACUUAUUUCCUUUAGCAAAUCUGGGUUUGCAAAUAGUUUUCCAUAAAUUAGAAGUUAUGGGUUCUUUUUGCUUCCUAAGAAGUUCUGAAGCAUAAAUAGAAAUCCUCAAAAUUAUUUAUAGGAGAUUUUUCUAAUAUUGUUAGGCUUGGAAUUAUCUGACCCACAGAAACACAGCAAGUAAGAAAGGAUGGAUGGAUGGAUGGAUGGAUGGAUGGAUGGAUGGAUGGAUGGAUGGAUGGAUAGAUGGAUGGAUGGCAGGAUUGAUGGAUGAGAAACUCAAAAACUGCAUAGGAACCCUUUGAAAACAGAUUUCACCCACAUUUUAUUUUGGCACAAAUAUUAGAAGAAUAAAACUAUUUGUCAAAUAAACAAAGUAUCUUGUAGAUUCCCAAUUAUGUUUAAUAUUAUAUGUCUGUAUAGAAACAUAGAUAAAUAAAAAGAUGAGAAAGUUGAUGACA